AUGCGAGACCUGGGGCAGAACCAGGAGGCCGUGGAAGCCUACGGAAGAACCGCCCCUUCUCAGGAGGAGGAAAUCGAGAACAUGGGGGACCUCAUUAGAAUCUCCACUUCUCAGGCUAAAUUGAUGGAAACUAGAGAUUCUAUAGGCUCUAUAGACUCGGAUAUUUGCUUAUCAUUUGAUAGGCAACGCGGGAGCAUCACCGAGGAGGAAAUUGAGGACCUGGAUGAGCACCUGGGGGACCUCACCAUAAUCCCUACUUCUCAGUCUAAACUAAUGGAAACCAGAGACUCCAUAGGCUCCAUAGACUCGGACAUUUGCCUUUCGUUCGAUAAGAAACGCGGGAGCAUCGCCGAGGAGGCGGAGGAGCACUUGGAGGAACACCUGGAAGAACACUUGGAGCACCACCUGGAGGAACACCUCCUGGAGCAUACAGAGCACCAACUGGAGCACCCGGAUGACCAAAACCAACCCAGAACCACGACCUCUUCUCCGGAACAUCAACAUCCCCACCUAGAGGACCACCUAGAGCACCACCUGGAGCACUUGGAGCACCCGGAUGACCAAAACCAACCCAGAACCACGACCUCUUCUCCGGAGCACCAACACCCCCACCUGGGGGACAACCUGGGGGACCACCUCAGCGACACCUCCUCCUCCAAAGACUCCGGCUGCGACCUCCCCCCCGACGCCUACGACCCCUCGUUCGCCGCCCCCUCCGAGGAGCUCGCCCGCAAGAUCGUCCAACAGGUGGAGAUCUACUUCUCCGACGAGCACGUCUCCAAGGACGCCUUCCUGCUCAAACACCUCAAACGCAACAAGGAGGGCUACGUUUCGCUCAAACUCGUGUCGAGCUUCAAGCGGCUCAAACAUCUGACGAAGGAUUGGAGGGCGGUGUUGCACGCUCUAACCGACCCCUCAACCAGGUCUCCUAAACUCCAAGUAAACGAAGCCGGCACCAAAUUGAGGCGGCUAGCGCCCCUUCCCCAACACGACGAAACCGCCCCCUCGCGGUCCGUUCUCCUGGUGCACCUGCCCCCGGAGAAGGCCUCCAUCGACCUGGUGGCGGCCAUCUUCAAAGGCUGCGGCGACAUAGCUUCGAUCAGGCUGCUCCGGCCCCCCGAAGCGAGGCUUUACCUCCAAAAACACCGGCCAGCGGUGGCGGGGGCGGCGCCCGGUUGCGCCGUGGUGGAGUUCGUAAAAUCGGAGGCGGCCAGGAGGGCUGUGAAGAUGACGCCCGAAGACCUGGGGGAGCCUAUGGAGGUGUACGAGAUGAAGAACACGCCGGGGGCGGCAGGGCCGGGGACGGAGCGUAGGAAGAAAGGAGGGGGGAAGAAGGGAGGGGCGGUUAAAGGAGCGGGCCAGGAAGCGGCGAGGAAGGAAGUGGAGGCUGAGGAGGAGGAUGAGGAGGCGGCGAGGAGAUUCGAGGCUAGAGGAAAAAUCCGCCGAGGCUCGUCGGCUUCCCAGCAGUUUCCCUCGCGCUUCACCGAACCCGCAGCUUGGCUUCAAAGAAGGCUGAGCGCUUCCAGUACUGAAGCUAAUUUCCUGUACAUGCCGAGGCGGCUGUCGUCGAGCAGCAGGGACUCGAGCGAUUCGUCUUUGUUCCUGCAGCGCAGGAUGAGCUCGUCCAGCUGUUCCAGCGGAGAUUUCUCAUCCAGGAGGGCCUCCUCUUCGUCGGAAUUCAGCCAAUCGAGGUCCAGGAGCAACAGCUCGGCCUUCCAGAACCUGGAAAAUGUCUUGAGAAUGCCAAAGGGGCCCGACGGGAGCAAGGGAUUCAGGCAAAGGAUGGGCCCUUGUGGGGCUGUGAGGGGUUAG